CACAAAAACUCUCUUUUAAAACCUGUCUCCAUCUCCAUGAAAAAGCACUUUAGAGAGAGUAGUAGCAAGAAAGAUGGGGAGGCUAUCUUCAGAAACAGAGCCCAUGGUUUCACCUUCAGUCUUCACCAUUGAAACCGCAGACCCAGAUGCUAAAACCCUAGAGAAACGUCUAGAAACCCUAGAAAUUGAAGAACAAGGACAAUGGCCUUGUGGAUUGAGCACCACCAACAGCGGCAGCAAGAAGAAGAAGAAGCAGAAGAAGAAGAAGCAGGUGCUGCUUGAAGGGUAUGUAGAGACAGCCGAUGAGGAUGAUCUGAUGAGGACCAAGAGCUUGACUGAUGAGGAUCUUGAUGAGUUGAAGGGGUGUUUGGAUCUGGGAUUUGGGUUCAGCUACGAGGAGAUUCCUGAGCUCUGCAACACCUUGCCUGCUCUCGAGCUCUGCUACUCCAUGAGUCAGAAGUUUAUGGAUGAUCAGCAGAAGGCGCCGGAGUCUUCGCCUGCCGCGUCGGAGAGUCCCGGUCCGAUUGCCAAUUGGAAGAUAUCCAGUCCCGGUGAUCAUCCGGAGGAAGUUAAAGCAAGACUCAAAUUUUGGGCACAGGCCGUGGCAUGUACUGUUAGGCUGUGCAGCUAGAUGACAUUGAGCUGAUGAACCCAUCAUCAGCUAAGCAAAAUGGACACAUAUUUCCCUCACAAUGGGAAAGGGAUGAGCCUGGACCUUCAUGGAGAUGAUCACAGUUGUACACACCGGUGGUCCUUUUCUGGACCAAUGCUGGCAGGGAUGGGAGUUCCUGCAAUCCUUUAACUGGGGAUGGAUAAUGCCUGAAUCUGUCAAUGAUGGUUUGGGUUUCAAUCAAGAAGUUUCAAUCAAGAAGAAGAGGAAGAAGAAGAAUGUUUCAGGUCUGAGAUUAACCAAAAUACCAAUCUGAGUUUUGACUUAAUUCUCGGGAAGCUAAUUCCUAGCUUAUGAUUAUUGUAUCCAGCAAAGUUUGGAAAUAAAUAAGUGAGAUGAAUAAAUUUCUUCUUCAUCAUCA